AUGGGAUCCUCAAAGGCUCGUCCUGCUCCAAAGGCUCAGAAGGCUACCCCAGACAUACACGCGCAAAAUCUUCCCGAAAAGAUAUUCGUUUUAGACAAUGGCGCGUACACAAUGAAAGCGGGUUACGCCGCGGAACCCAGUCUCUCGUUCGAAAAUGUCCUCUCCGCUUGCACCUCUAUACCAAAUACCCUCGUCAAGACUCGCGACAACCGAAUUGUGAUUGGCGCUCAGACUUCAACGCACGUCACCGACUGGAACGAGGCAGCAUUCCGUCGGCCGGUCGAGAAGGGAUACAUUGUGAAUUGGGAAGCAGAGAGAGAGAUUUGGGAGCAGUCUUUCUUCGAAGAGAAAGCGACUACACGCAAUAAGAACCUUAGAAUUUCUGCGCCAGAAGACACCACGCUUAUCCUGACGGAAGCUCCGAACGCCAUGCCCAUUUUACAACGCAACGCCGAUGAGAUGGUGAUGGAGGAAUGGGGAUUCGGAGGAUAUGCGAGGUGCCUUGGACCAACACUUAAUGCUUGGAACGAGCUUCACACUUUGUACGGCGACUCCCUUGCCAGCAAAUCGGACUCGGCUAUCCUACCUAUGGACUGUCUGCUUGUUGUGGACUCGGGCUACUCACAUACAACUGUAACGCCGGUUUACAAGGGGCGUGCUUUACAACGUGCAAUCCGGCGCCUCGACAUUGGCGGCAAGCAUCUUACAAACUACCUCAAAGAAAUUGUGUCAAUGCGGCAGUAUAACAUGGUGGAUGAAGCAUAUAUUAUGAACGAAGUUAAGGAGGCCGUCUCAUUCGUGAGCAACGACUUCAAAGCGGAUAUGGAACGGACCUGGAAAGCGAAUAUCAAACGUCAGACCGACCAAAGCGUGGUGGUAGAUUAUGUUUUGCCAGAUCCAAAUGCAGGGAAGAAAGGCUUCAUGCGGCCCCACGAUCCUCUUCUGCAUGCGAAAAAGAAGAAAGGUGCACUUUCUGGUCUCAGCGCCGAGGUGUUGUCCGAGGAUGUGCUAGUUUUGGGUAACGAGCGCUUUAGCGUUCCAGAGCUUCUGUUCAACCCGGGCGAUAUUGGGAUGACACAGGCUGGAAUCCCCGAUAUGAUUAUUCAAAGUUUGUCGGUUCUUCCUCCUGCACUGCAUGCCGCCUUCCUGGCAAAUAUAUAUGUAGUUGGUGGCAAUGCUUCCAUCCCGGGCUUCAUGGAGAGACUAGAAACUGAUUUACGUCCAAUUGCAUCGGCGGAUUGUGUUGUGAGGGUACGCCGGGCCCAAGAUCCUAUUUAUUCGACCUGGCUAGGAGGAUCUCGCCUUGCCAAUAAUCGAGAAGAACUGAGCAAAGUCGCAAUUACCCGACAAGAAUAUCAAGAAUACGGAUCUGGAUGGGCCGGCCGACGAUUUGCAGGAACUAUUUAA